AUGGCCAAUUUCGACCGCAACAGCUGGCACAAAAUCAUUGUUGCAGGGAGCCUAGAUGCCGACUUUUGUUUCGUAGGAGGCCUGCUCGGCGACCAGAAUGAGACCGCUGGUUCGGUGUUCUCGUGGAACAGCGUUCCUCUACGCGAUGAUCAACAGUGGCAGAUAUUCCCCUACAAUAAUACCUUCUACGUUCUCCGAACGAGAGGGUCCACCGCUUUAGGCUACCUAGGCGUGUUUUUCAAAGACAUGGAACAAACGCCUGGCAAGACUGCUCCCCGUACAAGAACCGCGUCCCUGUCGGAUGAUAGCAUGUUCUGGACGAUUGGACCCUGGGGGGAUGGGACUUUCUGGCUGAGUAAUGCUGCGAAUGGGUCGGAUUGGAGGAUGACUGUGAAGCUGGGAUUAGUUAUGAGGCGGUGA